GGUAAUAUAGAGACACUUUGUAUUAGGGGGUAAUAUAGGUGUGCUGUGUACUGGGUGGUAAUAUGGGGGGUGCUGUAUAUACUGGGGUUUAUAUAGGGCUGCUGUGUGGGGUUGGGAAUGAAAUGCCGGCUGUCGGGAUGCCGGUGGUGAGGAGGCCGACAGCAACAUCCAUAGAGCUGAAAAUCCUGACAUGGGUUGUGUCUCCGAAAAUGAUAACUCUCGCUGCUGCCAUCUUCCAGUGAUGGAGACCCGCUGUGGAGGGUUACUGUUCAGCUCCAAGUUUGACUCUGGAAAUUUGGCUCGGGUGGAGCUGGUGGAACGCUCGGACGGAGAGGGGGAUGCGCCGAGUGGCAAUGGAGGAAUCAGCAAUGUAUUUGGCAGCUCGUCCUCUAUCCCAGACUACGAGUUCAAUGUGUGGACCAGGCCAGACUGUGCUGAGACGGAGCACGAGAAUGGAAAUAGGUCCUGGUUUUAUUUCAGCGUACGUGGAGGAGCUCCAGGGAAGCUCAUUAGAAUCAACAUAAUGAACAUGAACAAGCAGAGUAAGCUGUACACCCAAGGCAUGGCUCCCUUUGUCCGCACCGUCCCCAUCCGGUCUCGCUGGGAGCGUGUCCGUGAGCGCCCCACCUUCCAGAUGGUGGAGAACCAGUUCAUCCUGUCCUUUGUCCAUCGCUUCCUGGAGUGCCGUGGAGCCACCACCUACUUUGCCUUCUGCUUCCCUUUCUCGUAUGAGGAAAGUCAGGAGAUGCUGGCGGGACUGGACGGCCGCUUCGCCGACUGCAGGCUCAUGUCUCCCGGCAGCUGUUCCCCAGACACCAUCUACUAUCACCGGGAGCUGCUGUGUCACUCCCUGGAGAGGCUCCGCGUGGACCUUCUCACCAUCACCUCCUGCCAUGAGAUGAUGGAGGAACGGGAGCCCCGACUGGACAAACUCUUCCCAGACCGCUCCAAUCCCCGGCCUUACCGCUUCAGCAGGAAGAGGGUGUUUUUCCUGAGCAGCCGCGUUCACCCUGGGGAGACGCCGUCCAGCUUCGUAUUCAACGGCUUCCUGGAGUUCAUCCUGAGACAGGACGACCCUCGAGCCGCAGCGCUGAGGCGUAUGUACGUCUUUAAGCUCAUCCCCAUGCUGAACCCUGAUGGAGUGUUGCGAGGACAUUACAGAACAGAUACCAGAGGCGUCAACCUAAACAGACAGUAUCUGAACCCAGACUUUGAGCUUCACCCGUCGGUCUAUGGCGCUAAAUCCGUCCUUCUCUACCACCACGUUCAUAACCGCAUCAUCGGCCCGCUGGAUCUUGACUGGAGGAACUCCGCGUCGUCCUCCGCCCUCCGGGCAAAGACCACGAAUUGUUCCCCGUCACAAGACACCCCUGAAGAAUCCUUGUCCGACAUAGAGAAGGCCAACAACCUGCUGAACAGUUUGGAUAGAGAAGGUCCGUACCUCACCUCUCAUGGCCUGCCACAGAAAGCCAGCAUCCUGCCUGUGCUCCAGGACUUCUUCAGGGAACAGGAGGUCCUGGUCUCUGGAUCCCUGGAAGCCGACGGACCGCGUGAGAAUCGGUGGGACGCCAGUCAGGCUGUGGAGCCCACACCUUCCAUACCCCCUCAGGAAAGUGGCAUUGCCUUCUACGUGGACUUGCACGGCCAUGCCUCCAAGAGAGGCUGCUUCAUGUAUGGGAACUACUCCACGGAAGAGAAUGACCAGGUGGAGAACAUGCUGUACCCCAAACUCAUCUCCCUCAACUCCGCCCACUUCGAUUUCAUGGGGUGCAACUUCUCAGAGAAGAACAUGUACGCCAAGGACAAGAGAGAUGGCCAGUCCAAGGAGGGCAGCGGGCGGGUGGCCAUACACAAAGCCACAGGGAUCAUCCACAGUUACACACUGGAGUGUAAUUACAACACUGGCCGCUGCGUCAAUACCAUCCCUGUGGCAUGUCACGACAACGGCCGAGCCAGCCCCCCGCCUCCUCCCGCUUUCCCACCCAAGUACACCACUAACAUAUUCGAGCAGGUUGGAAGAGCUGCAGCCAUCGCAGCCCUGGAUUUGGAAGAGAACAACCCAUGGCCCCGGCUUAUCAUGUCCGAGUACAACAACCUUUCCAACUUGCGGGCUUGGAUGCUGAAGCAUGUCCGUAACACUAAAGCUGUCAUCAGUGGGGGAUCCAAGAAAAAGGGCACCAAGGUUCCACCCAAGCCGUGCAACUCCAGUUUCGCUUCAUCCUCUAUACUGGAGAACAGUAUAACAAGGUCGAGGAGUUACAGCAAUGGAACCACCAGCGGCAGCAGCCAGCAGAACUCCCCACAGACUAAACCCUCCCCCAGCUUCACCUUUGUCUGUUCCAGCAGCAGCCAGAGCCCUCCGAAAGGUGGCCAUCGCCUCCUUGGUCCAGUGAGAGAAACAAGAGCUCAGGAGAAAAGGCGUCAGCAUCAUCAGUCAUUACUACGCGCUACCGUCCACAGCCCAACCAAGUCCCAGGCAGCACCUCAUGCCUCACCCGUCAUCAUUCGGGGAAACCCAAAGACCUCAUUGCAUCUGAAGCCAUCGUGUGCCCUCCCGGUGUCCCUCAGCAUGUCAGGCUUCAGCAACCUGGCCUCCGCCAACAAGACCAAGCCUUCUAUACCGGGGAAGAGAGGUCUGCGGGACGGGGACUCCGGCAAGCUGCACAUACAGCCUGACGCUGGGAUCGCCAUACUACAGAAUUUGCAAAAAAGAAGUAACGGCUUCAGCGAGCCCGAGUACUCCAGAUCUCUGGAAAGUUUUGGCGUCCGGCCCAGCCGGAUCCCGGUCAGGAGGAACGGCCUCCUGCACUCUCAGAGCCUCCUGCGCCUGACCAGUGAGCGGGGGUCUCCUAUCCUCAGAGUGUGGAAAUACACCGCGGACCAGGCCCUGAAGCACUGCACUCUCACAGAUCCAAGACGGAGGAGCCGCUCUUCAUCUGCGAGCAAAGCAAGGAGAUUGCUGAACAGAGUUUCCCGACAGUCUCAUCGGAGGCCGCUCACCUCUCCUCGUACCAGAGUGCCCUGUCCUUCUGUGCUGAGGGCUGAGGACCAGGCCUGCAGACCAGGAACGGUGCUAUAUGAGCGGAGCUGCGGGCCGCUGCUUUCUCCACAUUCCUCCCGGCACCCGGGACCUCUCCUGUUCUAGAAUUGCACUUUGUGUGGCCACGGUUUGUGUGUGUCGUCCGCUCUCACCUGGUGUGACGGAGGAAGCCGGACGUUUUAUUCCACUAGUCUCCAGUAUUUUAUCGUGUCCUUAUUUAUACAGAUCUCGGUCUCCAGCGCUCCACGGACCCCGCACCUCCCACUUUUACACACAAUUUCAGAUUUUUUUUGUAAAUUGAACAUGUAACCGGGGGUCACCCGCUGCUUUUUUAUUUUAAUACAGACUUUGAUAUAAAAGAUGUUACUUUGUACGUGAUUCGCUCUCUCCCGGUGUAAAUACAAUUCUGUAACAGGUUUUACUAUUGUCCUGUGUUCUGUUCUUUGCAGUGACCACAUUCAUGCAGGAUUAUUUCAAUAAAAUCUGUAUUUGUGA